CUUUGAGUAGGCUUUAAGUCGCUGUCCAUGGUACUGAUUCUCCAGGAAUGGUGGAGACCUUUAGUAUCGCAGUUAUCGGUGCUCCCGGUGUCGGGAAAACUUCGAUAAUCCGUCAAUUUAUAUACAAUGAUUUCUCCGAGGUUUACACUCCGACUAGAACCAGGUACGUUUACAGACCCUCCGUCAUUUUGAACGGGAGCAUAUACGAGCUGAAGAUUUUGGAUGUCCCGCCAAUUUCGUCUUUCCCCUCAAACUCAAACCAGGAGUGGAUGGAUCUCCGCUGCUUGGGGGUUCGUAACGCCAACGCCUACAUCCUGGUCUAUGACAUCUGCUGCGUGGAGAGCUUCGAAUACGUCAAGAUGAUCCGACAGCAGAUAGUAGAGCACAGGGGGAACAGCAGCAGUGAGGUCCCCAUCCUGGUGGUAGGCAGUAAGAGGGACCUGCAGCGUCAGCGCUUCACCCCGCGCCGAGCCGUCUCCGUGCUGGUGAAGAGGACCUGGAAGUGCGGCUACGUGGAAUGUUCCGCCAAGUUCAACUGGCACGUGCUGCUGCUCUUCAAGGAACUCCUGGGCAGCUCUGUGUCCCGGGGCGCACGCCAAAACCACACCGCCAUCCGCCUGCAGGGGGCUCUGCAGAGGAACCGCUGCUCGGUCAUGUGA